AUGUCGUCCUCCAGCAGCACCUUCGACUACAAGACCCAGAAUGUUACUUUCCUCAUGAGAGAUGGUGUCACCCAGGUCACCGCAAAUAUGGUGGAUAUCAACUACUUCUACUGCUACCUGGCCCGGAUCGCCAUCAACUACGGCUCUCAGCUCGGUGCAUGCCUCAUCAUGUUCCUUGUUACCGCUAUCCUCACGAAGGAAACCAAGCGCAGAACCCCAGUCUACAUCCUCAACUUACUGUCACUCGCACUUGGCGUCAUCCGCAACCUCCUCCUUGCGAUCUAUACUACCGGUCCCUGGGUUGACUUCUACAAUACGUUUGGUGUCGACUUCGCCGAUGUUCCGCGAUCAGCCUACGCAAAUAGUGUCGCAGCAACUGUUGUCCCUCUCCUCCUGACGAUCACAGUCAACAUGUCGCUCUUCCUUCAAGCCUACACUGUUUGCAAAGUCAUGGAUAGAAAGUACCUUUGGGGCGUGUGCUUCAUCUCCGGGCUCGUCUUCCUGCUUGCUGUUGGAUUCCGAUUCGCCCUAUGCAUCACCAACUCUCGAGCAAUCCUGAACUCCGCCUUAUACUUCUCCUAUGCUUGGAUCUCCGUUGGAACUUUGGCAACCGAAACCAUCUCCAUCUGGUACUACUCCAUCAUCUUCACUAGCAAGCUGCUGUGGACUAUCUACGCUCGCAAGAAUAUGGGCUUUCAGAAGUGGAGCUACAUUCAGAUACUCGCUGCUAUGGGCGGAUGCACCAUGAUCAUUCCAUCGGGCUUCGCAGUUCUCGAGUACGCUGCCCCUGAUAGUUUUCCCUCUGCUGGUUCAUUGGCUAUAACCAUUGUCGCCCUGCUACUUCCCCUCUCUUCCCUGUGGGCAUCAAUGGUCACCACCGAGCCUACUUCUUCCUUCAACGUUUCACAACUUUGGGGAUCAAGAUCAUCUCAAGGCGGCUCCUCACUGGGAGGUAAGACCUUCAACAGUGGAUCUUCUGGGCAGAUGUCUUUUGGCACUGAGAGAAAGGGCAGUAAUGCACCGAUCAGCCCUUCAACCAUCGAUACAGUCAUCGAGCAUAUUCCAGUCAAGUCCUCAAGAGAUAGCACCGACCUUGAUCUCGAGAGAAUGGGUGUCCGAGUCAACCGCACUUACAUCACACAGAAAUCGAUUGAUCGUGGACACAAGUUCGAGUCCCAAGUACUAGUAACUGCAUAUUACAUGAUAGUUGGUAUCUUCCCAGGUGGCAGAUCGUCCUUGCCAGACUGCUCGAAAAAGCCGAAAAUCCAGAAAAGGAAGGGCAAAUUCCAACCUCCAUGGGUCUUCUCCAUGACCAUCAUUCGUGAUACUCGACAUUAUUUCUUGGAUCCAGUAUCUCAUUCUCGGGAGCUGGGCAUCUCCUAUAGAAGCGUUCGCUCUUCGACCCGCAUAGAACGAUUUCCUUUUUUGAUAAUAUCAACCAUUGUAUCACAAGCUCGUAUUCCUGCUCGUGCAGGCGUUAUCGACAUGAAUUACUUUACCGCGAAACGAAGCCCAUCCUCGGCAUCCAGACGGGGUGCCCGUCGAUCACGGCAUACAAAGUCGGAUCAAAGCCAGCAGCUUCAUACCAAAGGGCCUCUUAAUAGCAGGAAAGAAAAACCCUCGGCUCGCACAUCUCAUCGAAUAUCCUUCGGCCUAGUUUCUCUCGUCACCAAGUUCGAAGCUCUCGACGCAUUGAGCCUACCUAUUCCCGCACCCUCUUUGCAGCCGGCACCUCUUCAGAUACCGCGAAGCCCGUCCAAAGAUAGAGGCGGCACAGGACAUAACUACAGGAGAAGAUUAUCGACUAUAUUCAACCCUAGGAGAGGGAGCAUCGACAGACAUGGGAAAGAUUUUACCGAGAGCGAUUCCAAAGUCGCGCGAGCAGAUGUCUUUGUCUUAUCGAACAACGAGGUUAUUCGAGUAGGGGUUAGGAAAGUCCAGGACCCCGAAAUGCUAAGCAACGUAAGACUCCGUGGCGGUACCUGGGACGCAGACGGAACGAUUCGCCGCAAGGAGUUCCGCGGCGUGGCCGCCCCCUAUAUUCAGAAUGAGCUUUUGGGCCAGAGGAGGGCAUUAAUCGGGGAUAAGAUAAAAUUUUUCGACGGAAUCUCAACGGGAAAUAGCUCGCGAGCCAUGAACACUGCGGUCACCAACACUCCCUCUUCUCUGUCCCGCAUACAAGUCUGUGACAAAAAUUUCCUCUUGACGCCGUCGACUGCCAGCUCACGGCGGACACACGUACGAAAUAAUCGAAUUGAGGCGUUCACACCUACCAAGUCCAGCCAGACUUCACCCGUGAAGCAAUGCCUUGCUGAACCAUCGCCUGGUCACGCACUCGCUCCAAGCUCUCCCUCUAAGUCAUCGAUUAGCAAAAAUACUAUUCGGACUCUGGAUAGCUAUGGGAAGUACAGAUAUAAACAAGAGGGAUCUCCCUCUAUCUCGUCCAUCCAGUCCCUCCGGAAUAGACGCCAGAGAAAUGCGAUUCUAGAUACACGUCAACAUACAGCUCUGGGAGGAGACGGCAGUCCACCUUUCAUGGGAGAAAUGCCUGACGAGAGCAUUAGGCCUUUGAGCAGAAGACGGCUAAGCAACAAGAUAUCCGAGCUAUAUAGUGCUAAGAGCUUAGAGAAGAGAAAUACCUUCCCACAAGAGUACACGGCUGAACAAGCAUCGAGUGUCGCGAUCACAGCGAGAAACACUGAACAUAACUUAGUGACAGCUAAGCCGGGACGCAAGAGCGUUCGCGAAAGGAAGAAUUCCAAAGUUGCAGCCAUGAGGAAGAUAUUUGAUCGCAACUUUGCUUCCAAGUCAUCGUCUUCUGAUAAACCGCCGGCUCCACCAAUACCGGUCGCCGAAGAUCCUUUGGCCGUACCGGAGGAGAAACGACAACAAAAUGAUACAUUUGGUAUUCCACCACCGCCAGAACCACCGGUUCUUCCACUUGUGCCAAGUCCACAACCCAAGAUAGAGUCAAUGGUGAUGCCAAGUGUUAUGCAGGAAAUAACAUCCAAUGUCGGAAACGCGCCACAAAUAUCAAUGACAUGGCCCUCUCAGCCAAGCUCUCCAAAUAAAAAGCUUUCUACACCAAAGAGCAAGACAUUUGGAGAAAAGCUCAAGAUCUUCGAGAACGCGUCCCAGAAUACUGAUAAGCCGGCACCGCCGAUACAAAGAAGGCGAACGAUAUUCCGGAGGAAGCUGAGUAAGUCUCUGCGAAGUUUGUUCGAGCCACCCUCGCGAAAGAGUCAAGAUGAGGCCGAGACGGAAAAGACCAUGGUGCCAAUUGGCGAACCUGCGAAGAAAGAUAGGGUUCUGAGUCCAGAUGGUAAUGGUACAAUUGGUAAGAGGAGUACUGUUGUCGGCAGAUGGAACAGGUUUCCACCAACGCCAGUUUCAAGUGGAGGGGAUGGGACCAUGAGCGAGAGGCAAUCGUUGUCGCAGGCUGAUGAAGAGAGAGUCCACAUGGUGAUUAAAGGAGUCGAGUGUGGCUUGAAGGAACCAAGACCAGUUCGGGCGGUUGAGAUGGAACGGAUGGUUUUACUCUGUCGGGACCGGAAUGGCGACAUGUUGGAAAAAGGCGGGGUCGGACAGAGCACCACAAGGAGAAGAAUAUGA